AUGAAGCUUAGCGUGCCGUUCUGCGGCGGCUCCUCUUCCGCCGCCGCCUCUCCCAAGGCGAGCAAGGCGAGCAAGAGCCGGAGACGGUCAAAGGACGGCAAGAAGAGCGGCGGUGGCAGCUCGUUCAGCUCCACCGCGUCCUCCCACGAGUGCGCGUUCGCCGUCACCACGCCGCGCACCGUCCUCCUGUCACCCUCCCCACCGCGGGCGUCGGCGCCCGGGGCGGGCAGCACCAGCAGGACUAGCAGCUGGAAGCCGCCGGCGGUGACGCGGGAGGAGCUGGAGGUGGCGCUGCGCCGGGUGGUCUCGAGUGAGGAGGAGCUGGCGGAGAUGCUCGCUGAGGCGGAUGCCGGGCUCGUCGUCGACGCGGUAGCGGCGGCGGGCGACGAGGGCGACCUCAGGGAGGCGUUCGCGGUGUUCGACGCCGACGGGGACGGCAGGAUCUCGGCCGAGGAGCUCCGCGCCGUGCUCGCUUUGCUGGGAGAUGACUGCUGCUCCGUUGACGACUGCCGCCGCAUGAUUGGCGGCGUCGACGGCGACGGCGACGGCUUCGUGUGCUUCGACGAGUUCUCGCGCAUGAUGAUGCAUGGGCUGUGA